GGCAUGCACCGCGGUGGCACAGCCGGGCACAUCCAAGCAAGUUUAUCCGGAAGUGGUCGUGUGUUGACAACGAGAAACAGCAUGUGUUUGGAGGUAAAUUUGGGGACUUUUUGAAAGGAAGGAUCGUCCCUGUGGAGAAACGCAUCAGUCAAAAAGGUUCGUGGCAGAGGUUGAAAUGGACAAAGUGUUUUACCACAUGUUCUCUGAGAGGUUUGUCAUAGGCAUACAGGUAAACUUAGAGCGUCUGAUCCUUAUGAACAAGUAAAGACAUUUAUUACCCAAAUAUUGACUUUUGCCAUUCUUCUUAUGAAGGAGUCUGAUCAGACUGUCACCACCUCCUUCAUUGGCAAACAGAGAAAGUGCUGUGUUAUGUCUAGUAGGACUGGGACGAUAUUCUCCCGAUUCGAUUCUUCUACGAUUAUUUGGAUGCCGAUUCAGUUUAAAUUGCGAUUCUACGAUAUUGUCGAUUUUCUCGAUUUUUAAUCUGCAUUCUUAAUUCCAGUGAAACAGUUGAAUGAUUAUGAUUGUCUACUGACUAUUGCAGGAACCAUAUUUCCCCACAAAAUACACAUCACAUGUAAGUCAGUUUUAAAAAUGUAUUCUUAAAAAUAUUCUUGAUCUUAAUUGAAAAAACAACAACACUUUUUUAAACAUAAAACUCAAUUUAAAAAUUGUUAUACAAAAAAAUCGGGAUACUUAUCUGAAUUGAUUUUCCCUCCCAGCCCUAAUGUCUAGCAUUGUAUUAAUCUGACCAACAUUAAUGAUCAGACCUUACUGUUUUGUAUAGGUUUACUGAUAAUCAAAGUUUAGUCUGUAUCAUUACAUCAAAUUACCUAAUUUUAUUAACGAAUUAUACAUACUGGGUAAGGUACUAGGUGUUGUUAGUAUAUAUAACUCUACUUGUUAAAAAGCAUUUUGCAAACUGAAAAACACAGAUCUUAAAUACGUGGCUAGAUUGCAUAUCUAAAAAGCAGCGUGUCCUUUCAUUACACUUAUAGCAGUAAGUAGCGAGAAGAGGUUGAUGGACAAUGAUGCAAUAGAGCCUCUGAAAAUGUAAACCAAGUCUUGCAUCAGAACAUGGAAAAACAGGGACUCCUUGUUUAGGCACUUUGACAUUUCUGUAAAAAAAAAAAAGUAAUAAAACUUUCAAAUUGACUAAAGAGUUAUAACUUUUUAGUCAAUUUGAAAGUUAUAUUUAAUUGAUAAAUUAAGACAUCUCCAAAUAGUUCCCACUAAAUAAAAAACUAUCAGAACACUUGGAACAAAUUAUGAUGAUCACUAAAAACUCGUCCUCCUAGGAUAUACAAGGACAUGCAAAAACAAAAUGCUCAUCUGAAAUUCAUUUUCGCAAUAAUGAGAUGCAAACCUAUCCUCCUUUGUAUACAUUGUGUAUUUCAGAUAGGAGCUGUUAAGCACACAGCAACAGCAGUCCUCCAACAUUUUCACACAUUGUUGAAGAGAUGAUUAUAUCACUAAAAAAGGGUCUAAUUUCUGAAAUUGUGACACUUUGCUUUUUGUGAAUAUUGCCUCCUACAAUGAGUGAUUUUGUGUAUUUUUCACUUAUGCUCCAGUUUGUAAACUAUUUGGCUCUUAAAUGUUUAAAUUGGUGCUUAAUCAGACCAUCUUUGUUUAAUGUCAAAAGCAGAUGUAGAGUUUUAUUUGUAGUAGUUGUUUAAAUUAAUUUGCUUCAUGAAAUUUUCUGUGUUGGUACAGAUGACUGCCCAAGAGGUUCGUUUGUGCGGUCUCCUGCUGCGAGAGCACUUUGGAGAUGUGGUGGAGAGAGUUGGGACUCACCUGUUGAAAGGUGGAGCACAGAAUUUAAGAACCAUCAUUCAUGAGACUGGCAUCUCACUGGACCUGGUACCUUUCCUCUUCUUUCUGCUGAGGCUGUAACUGUCUCUACCUUACAUGAUAAAAACCAUAUCAUACAUUCUGCACAUAUAUCCUAACUAUGAACCACUCAGGAUUUGAGGAUGACUGAAUUGAAUAGCAAUCUUUGUUUCCUUUCUUUUCUACUGCAGAUAAAAAAGUCCCUGUGUGUGCUUGUGCAGCACAGGAUCUGCACGUUCAGCGCGGGCCGUAAAGGACCUGGUAGUCCCACAGAGUACCGGACCAGCUGUGAUCACAUUCUGAGGAUUCUGCGAUACCCACGCUACAUCUACUCGGCCAAAACCCUGUACGGUGACACCGGAGAGUUGAUCAUAGAGGAGCUACUCCAGAGGGGUGAGAUGACCAUGAGCAGCAUAGUGAAGACAGUGGCCGACCGGCUCACACAGAACAUGGAGGGUCAGUAUAUCAACCUCAGUAUCUGUUAGAGGCUGUAAAAAAGCUCUCAUGCAAAUAUGCAAAUAUUGAGACUUUUAAACGUUAACUUAAGACCUCUCUCUUCAGUCUGGCUUUUAUUAGUUUUGCUAUGUGCUGUUUUUGGUUUAUUCUAAACUAUUUUAAUUUUAUUCUUAAUCACUCAUUUUUAUUGCUAGCUUAGUGUUUUAUUUAUAUAUUUGACUACUUAUCUUUAAGUCAUUUUCACAUAUAUAUUAUAUAUUUAUAUAUCACAUAUUUGAUGCUUUUCUUUUAUGUUUUAACUUAUUUCAUCUCUUUUAAUAUUUUAAUUCCACAUAUUUUACUUUCCAUUGUGUGUAUUAGUCUCUACCUAUCCUGUUUUUUUCAGUUUAAUUGUCCCAUUUUCUGUCAUUAUUAAUUUUAUUUAUGUUUUUAUUCUUAGCUGUUUUGUUUUCAAUCACUGUGAAGACUUGACUAGUACGAAAAGUUCAAUAUUAAUAAGCUUGAUUGAUGAUUGAUUGAUGUCUCUUGUAGUUGUGUGGAAGCAUGUUUUUUUUUUCUUCUUUUCAAAAGAGCUUGUAACAUGUCAGUUAUUGUAGUAUUUUGGUGAUAGCUUAUUGGUGUGCAUGCUUUAAUGUUUUAUUUUUUCAGCUUACCUUUUUUUUUUCAAAUUGAAUAAACUAAAUAAAAAAUGAAAUAAAUUUCUCUCUGCUAUCCUGAAAACACUAUUUUCUCCUUGUCCUUCCUUUUGUUCCAGAGGGCCGCAGCAUGGACUACAGUGAAGUCUCAUCCGCUUUCUCCAAACUAGUAGAGACUCAUUUUCUGCAGCGCUGCCCUCCGGUAGCAGGAGCCGGAACAAAGGAAAGUGCUACUCCUGCUAAUACUGAUAAACCAGCUGCCCCUGCUAACACAGCCCCGCCAACGGCAGAGAGCUUCCCAGACUGUUACAAGGUACCUCAUGUGACACUCAUAGGGCGAGGCAAACGCCAGCUCUCCCCUGAGGAUGGAGAGGACCAAAGGAACGCAAAGAAGGCUAAAAUGGAUAUAGAGGUUGGAUGUUUUUUUGACACGUCGCCACAUUUUAAAAAAGUUAUGAUUUCUUCUUCAUGUCUCUUUUGUAUGACCUUUCAUCCCUGUAUCUCUCUAUGGUCUAUGCUCAGACACAUGGGGAUGAGGGCAUUCACUGGCAGGUGAAUUUUGAGAGAUUCCAUCUCCACUUCAGAGACCAGGCCAUCAUCAGUGCCGUAGCCAACAAGCUGGACCAGGUCAGGUUUUCAUACUGAAGCUUUUAAUUGUUGUUUCAAGACUAAUCACUUUAAUACUCCCCUUUCACCCUUCUUUGAGGAACUUCUUCAUUAGUAUGUUUAAUUUAGUGUAUAAUUAAGUCUUAUCUGUAUGAACUUGGAAUGAGUCUUAUACAUCUAAAAUAAAAAAAUGAAGAGGGUUACCUUCCAUGGGGGCAACCAUCUUGCACUGCUAUGUCUUUACAGUAGCACCAAAUGAACAAACUAGGAAGGGCCACUGGUGUUUUAUCUCAUGGGUGGCUGCUGGUUGGAAGACAAAGAAGAAGAGAGGGAUUUGUACUGAUAGAAGUUUGUGACGAGGAAAACUUAGCAAAGGAGAUCAUACCUAAUAUGCAUGACAGGAGCUUCGCUGCUAAAAGGAACUAGACUAAUGGGAGGGUGAGCGAGAGAGGGUGUUAGACCAUUAUAUUUCUAUUUUUUUUACCUUCAGGGUCCUUAAAAACAGUUACAUUUAGGUCCUCAGAUGGACAAAAAUGCCCAUCUCCUAAAAGUGCUAUAAAAUAAUAUACAUUAAUAUUUUUUUCCCACUUUUUUUUGCUUAAAUCUUUUAAUCAACUUCAUUCCUGAUCAUAUUUGUCAAAUAUUAAUUCAUUUGCAGAAUUUUAACCCUUUAAAUGCCAGUUUGACCAUAUGAUGUCACUGUUAUUUUUGAUGGGAAAAAAGGAAAUUUGGAGUUAUUUUCCACAUAUUAGAUGCUGGGCAGGAAUUUCAACAUUAAUUUUAAUGCACUAUUAUGUUUUGAUGUGUUGAUGUAAAUGAUCAACAAAUGAAAUGUUAAAAGUCGCCAAAAAUGGUCAAAAAUGUCCUAAGAGCCCCAGAGGGUUAAAAUUGGUUUAUAAUUAAAAAGACAUGCACUGUUAUUGUUGAAUCAGAUACCCCAGCUAUCAGCUGAUUAUUUCACAGGAGACAAUAAUCUCACAGUUAUUGUUAUGCUGCUUAUGGCUGUCAUUCUAAACUCUCAUUUUUGUAACACAGACGAGCAGUGAGAUAGUAAGGACCAUGCUGAGGAUGAGUGAAGUGACAACCCCGCCCACAGCCACCUACACGAAGCCCCUUUCAGCCAACGAGAUCUUCAGGUCCCUCCCCACUAGCUACAGCAUCCCCAGACCCAUCCUAGACCAGUACCUCACACUACUGGUCGAUGACCCGGUAUGACAUUUUGAUUACACGUGUGCUUAUUAACGAGUUUUGAAUUUCUCUCUGGAAGGUUUCACCUGAUCUCCUUUUCUUUUUCUUUGGUAGAUGGAGUUUGUGGGAAAGGCUGGUGAAAGUGGAGGGGGGAUGUAUGUCGUCAGUAUCCUUUUUCUUUAAAACCAAGACAGUCCUGGGCAUGUGAUGUGUUUGAUCCAUGAAAAAAAGUAGAGACGCUUUUCUUAACGUACAUCUUAGAUCUGCACAGAGCGCUGGCUAAUCUGGCUCGGGCCACGCUUGAAUCUGUAGUGCAGGAGAGGUAAACAAGUACAUUUAAAAAAAAUCUGUGUACUGCACAUCAAUUCAGUCAUUGGAAAAUUGAUCUCAUUUUUGUGUUAUCUCUAGAUUUGGCUCCCGCUCUGCACGCAUCUUCCGCCUGUUGCUAAGGAAACGUCACCUGGAGCAGAAGCAGGUGGAGGAUUUUGCGAUGAUUCCAGCUAAGGAGGCUAAAGACAUGCUCUACACGCUACUGUCACAGAACCUGGUGCAACUGCAGGUAUAUGUGUGUAAAUGCUUUCACGGUUGUCACCACAGUUUUAUCAAACUCCGAACUUUUUAAGAUUUUGAUAUACAAGUUUGAUGACUCUCUUCGAAGCAACUGUCUGCAGAGUGGGAGUUCUACAAAAAAAUCAGAUCCAAAAACAAACUUAGAAAAUUACUUGGCACGUUUUCUUAGAUGCACUCGGUCAAUGAGAUAUUUCUAAAUCUGUACAUGAACAGCUGAGCAGCCCAAUCUGUGACAGUCAUCUUUUUAUGGUCAACAGUGCAGGGAAGGAUUUUCAUAAAGUGACCAUUUGUUUCACUGGCAGCUUGAAUGAGCACACUGGAGCAGCUCCAAUUCCUGUUUUGUAAUCUACCUACUCACUCUCUGAACAGUCAUACUGUUUUUGUUUCACUCUCAGGAAAUCCCAAAGACUCCUGACUACGCCCCCUCUCGCACCUUUUAUCUUUACACCGUCAACCAACUCCCGACUGCGAGAAUGCUGCUUCAAAACUGCUACAAGGUAAAACAAACAAGUGUAACAGACCAGAACGAGCCUAAGUGAGCUUUGUGUGUCCUCUGUGUUGUUUUGCCUUCAGUAUUUUUCCAUCAUUGUGCAUUUUUCUCUGUGCAGACUGUAGCCAACCUCAUAGAUCGACGCCUCUUUGAAACCAAAGACAGCAAGUGAGUUCAUCCAGACGUUCACCCCCCCAAUGCUCUUUGUCUUGUUACUUUAAACAACGCACUUAAAAUUUUUCUGGCCCACACAUUGGUUGAUGGUUUUCUGCUUGUGUAACAGGCGUCUGCUGGAGAAAUCUCAAAGGAUCGAGGCCAUUCUAGCGUCUCUGCAGGCCAGUGGAGCUGAGCCUGAGCAGCUGACGGAGGUGGAGGAGAUGAUCACUGCUCCUGAGAAGCAACAGCUGGAGACCCUCCGGCUUCAUAUCAACAAGUAGGACAUGAAACAGACACUCUGUUUUUAUUUUUUUUAACCUUUGUGCAACAUGUGUGUUGAGUCAUGCUUUUGGUGUUACAGUCUCUGAUGUUGUUCUUUCACCCUGCAGGCUGGAUUCAGCAGAGAACCAGGUGGAUGAAACCAUCUUUAUUCUGGAGUCCUACGUCAACUCCACUGCCACAGCUGCAAGCUGAUUCAGAUAUGCUUUUGCCUUUUUUUUGAGUGGAUGCUGUAAAGUAUGGCUGUUUUAUUGUCUAAAGGAAUGAAUUGUUUCAGUUUGAAGUGGAAUAAAAUCUAAAUACUGUGUUUUUUUUCUCCAUGCUUCAACAAAUAAAUUGAGUGGAGGAUUUUUUUUUAUAAA